AUGGCAGUAUUCCGCGCAGGGAGGCUGGGAGACCCGCAGUCCGAGAUGAGUUCUAGGAGAUCGGCUGCAGAGGGCAGAUAUCCCGCACCGAGCGGCAGCACCUUGAAAUCAGCUAAGAUAAUUGGUGGACUGUGCCAUGGUCGUUUAGAAGUGAACCGGGGUGGAGUCUAUGGCACAGUGUGUUCCAAGUCUUUUGACUCCAGAGAUGCAGAUGUUGUCUGUAGGGAACUAGACUGUGGCAUUUCCAAAGCUGUGUUGUCUGGAGCCCACCCUGGAGACAGUAAAACCCCAAUAUGGGCAAACGAGAUCCUGUGCCAGGGCAAUGAAGAAAACCUAGCCUACUGCCAAACCGCAGAGACUGAGCAGCAAAACUGCACACACGCACACGACGUCAGCGUCAUCUGUACUGGGUACACUGAGGCCAGGCUGGUCAAUGGCAGUGACUGGUGUUCUGGUCGAGUGGAGCUCAAGUACGACAGCAAGUGGAGCACAGUGUGUGAUGAGAGCUGGGACCUGCAGGACGCCACAGUUCUGUGCCAGCAGCUGAACUGUGGGUACGCUGUGACUGUCCCAGGACAGGACCAGUUUGGGGAAGGCAGUGGCCCUGUACUGUCCGAUAUAUUCGACUGUGAAGGCACCGAGACUGAGUUACAGAAGUGUCCCAUCUCUACGCAAGGACAUAGUAAAUGCACUCAUCGUAAUGAUGCAGGAGUUAUCUGUGCAGCUCCAGCUCAGGCAGGUCCAGUCAGGCUGCUUGGUGGACAAGGGCUCUGUGAAGGCCGGGUGGAAGUUUACUACAACAGGACGUGGGGGAGAGUUCUCCCCGACUCCUGGAGCAGCACAGAGGCCUCGGUGGUGUGCAGAGAGCUGGGCUGCGGCUCUGUGAUCCCAGCCUCUAACUCCUCUCGAUACGGGGCGGGUCACAGUGGCGUGUGUCUGACAGGUAUCCACUGCAGCGGGGACGAGACCCACCUGAGGAACUGCAGCCUUCCACAGCAAGUCCCCUGCAACAGCAGUAACAGCGCGGCCGUGCUCUGCACUGAUCACAUGGCUCUCAGGCUGGUUGGGGGAGGAGGUGACUGCGCUGGGAGGGUGGAGGUUUAUCACAAUGGCUCCUGGGGGACGGUCUGCGAUGACUCCUGGGACCUGGCAGACGCAGAGGUGGUGUGCAAGCAGCUCCAGUGCGGGGCAGCCCUCAGAGCCACAGCCUCCUUCGGACAGGGAACAGGACCCAUCUGGCUGGACGAGCUGCGCUGUCAGGGGAACGAAUCAGCUCUGUGGGAGUGUGCCUCAGGUACAGGACUGCAGUAA